AUGGGUAGUGGAGCAAGUGCCGAAGACAAGGAACUUGCUAAGAGGUCAAAGGAGUUGGAAAAGAAGCUACAAGAAGAUGGAGAUAAAGAGGCAAAGACAGUUAAGCUACUCCUGUUAGGUGCUGGUGAGUCAGGGAAGAGUACAAUUGUCAAACAGAUGAAAAUUAUCCAUCAGGAUGGCUACACAGAAGAAGAAUGUCUGGAGUUCAAAGCAAUUAUAUAUAGCAACAUACUUCAAUCCAUCUUAUCAAUCGUCAGAGCCAUGUCUACUCUAGGCAUAGAUUUUGCUGAUUCAGGCCGAGGGGAUGACCAACGGCAGCUGUACAGUUUGGCCGACUCAAUUGAAGAAGGUACCAUGCCCCCAGAAUUGGUGACUUGUAUAAAGAAACUAUGGCUUGAUGGAGGAGUUCAAGCCACCUUUGAUCGAGCAGCUGAAUAUCAACUCAAUGAUUCUGCUGCAUACUAUCUUAAUCAACUGGACAGAAUCACUGCUCCCAACUAUCUUCCCAAUGAACAGGAUGUAUUGCGAUCCCGAGUUAAAACCACAGGUAUCAUAGAGACAAAGUUCGCUGUCAAGGAUCUUAAUUUCAGAAUGUUUGAUGUAGGUGGGCAGAGAUCAGAGCGCAAAAAGUGGAUCCACUGCUUUGAAGGGGUGACCUGCAUCAUCUUUUGUGGCGCUCUCAGUGCAUAUGACAUGGUCUUGGUAGAAGACGAUGACAUGAACCGCAUGCAUGAAUCUUUGCAUCUCUUCAACAGUAUAUGUAAUCACAAGUUCUUUGCUGCCACUUCCAUCAUUCUUUUCUUGAACAAGAAGGACCUCUUUGAGGAAAAAAUCAAGAAAGUACACCUCAGUAUUUGCUUCCCUGACUACGAUGGCCCCAAUACAUUUGAAGAUGCAGGCAAUUACAUCAAGCUUCAGUUUCUUGAUCUAAACAUGAGAAAAGAUGCAAAAGAAAUUUAUAGUCACAUGACUUGUGCCACAGAUACACAGAACGUCAAAUUUGUAUUUGAUGCAGUAACAGAUGUAAUCAUCAAAGAGAACCUAAAGGACUGUGGUCUCUUCUAAGAUUACAGCUUUUUAAAAGAAAAAGGUAAUUGGGUUCAAUUAUCUGUUCCUAAAGUAGGAAUUAGGCAGUAAGUAUACUUUAGCAUUUCCUUACUUAGGCUUGUAACUAUACUUACUUCUGAACAGUAGUGCUUAAAGUCAAAUGUGCAUAAUAACUAAAUGCAAACAGUAGCCAAGUCAGCUGGGCUACAUAUGUAAUAGGAAGCAGCAGUAAAACUGCAACAGGAUGCUUGCAAUAAUACUAUGCAAGUACUCGGCUAUUUCAGUUCUUUUGCCAUAAUAAUUUGCAAUAAUUAUUACAUAAGAAGAGUUAGCACCAUUGCCAAAUUCUUCGCUUAGCAAUUAUUUCCAAAACGGGUUUGAAGACACUAAUGCAACAGAAGACGAAAUUUUAAGGAAAUCAUCGGCUAUGAGGUGAUUACAAAACAACCCGGUGUAAUACUAUCAGCAAAAUCAAAGCUGGUACUCAGUACAGGACUCAGGAGUUU